AUGUGUGAUUUAUUUAAAAAUUUCGAUGAACUCUUUACUUAUGAUGUUGGUAAGGUGGAGGAAACAAAAAAGAUUUAGCCAUUGUAACAACUAGAGAAAUCAAAAUAAAAUGACAAGGAAAAAAUUAAGAAAUUUAUUAAGCAGAAGAAAAAGAAAAGCAAGAAAACUCAGAUGAUUAACAAGAAGUGCAAGAAGAUUAUGAAGGAAGAACAAAAGCAGGAAGUUUUAGAAUAAAAAGAAGAGAUAUUCUAUGAAGAUUGA